AUGACCGAGUCAGCAAUUUCCUGGAAAGACCGAUUCGCGAGACGAAGAUGUCAACUAUAUCGACCAGAAAACGUCAAACCUCUGAGAACGGUACCGCUCCAUGCUGCUCGUCGAAGAUUCCUUUCGUAUCGCGAAAAUCUCGACCCACCGGUGCAGUCGCAGUAUACCGCGCGGAAACUGUUCCUCCAAGACUCCGAGGUCAAGGUCCCCAACGAAGCCGCAAUUGUCAUGGUAGACGAUCGCCAAGAUCUCACCGGUGGCCCUAAAACUAUGGAGAGAGAAUGGGAUUCUCAAGGGCCGCCCGUCAACUACAUGCGUUACCCGCCCAUCGGUGAAAGUAUCUUCAGAGAAAUCGUCACCAUUCCAGAGCUCGAAAACCGGCUGAGCGAGGAUAGGCAAAUCCUUGGCGCUGAGAAGCGAAAUAUGGUUGGCGAAGAGACCAGCGACCCAAGACGGAUUAGUGGUAGAGGGUUUCGACGGUCAAGGAGCUUGCCACUUUCGGAUCCCUCAGAGAACUCCAAGGGCUACUACUACGAAGCCCAAGUGUCAUUCUUGGUGAGUGGCGUGGAUGAAUGGUUUUGGACCAGCUAUCUUUUUGUCGAUACCUAUUUCGGCAAGGAAGAAGAUUACAACAGCUGCUACGCCAAUCCAGACGUCACAACCGGCACAGAUCCCGCUUCAGGCUCUAUUCAGCUGAAGCACCAAGUAUGGAAUCCUCGCGAGUACUUCCUUGCUGUUCUGACGCAGCGAAUGAGACAAGUCACUGGAGAAUGGACCUACUUGAUCAACACAUUCGAAGCACAGAUGAACAUAUACCAAGAGGACCGGGAAUCCUGCAAAGGCUUCGUAGAUGGACCUGACCUUGCCAACACCGAGAGUUUGUCUAACACUGUCGACACAAUCAGAAGAUUCCGAGACUGCCUCGCACGCACUCUGGAUGCGUGGGACACGUUUCAAAGUGGCGAGAAACGCUACCUCGAGACAGCUGGCAGUGACCAACUCCGCAGACAGUGGGGCACUUAUCUCGCCAGUGUUGACAAGAGCAUCUCCGCCUUGCGUGUUAUGCAUAGAUUGCUGGAGCAAAAGCUGGAUCUCUUUGACAGUAAGCUCGGUAAUCUCAUGAAUGCUUCUUCACUCAACCAAAGCGUGGUUUCGUCUCGACAGGGCUCGGAUAUUGGAAUAUUCACCCGAUUGUCAGUGCUUUACCAACCCUUCAGCUUAGUCACGGCCAUAUUCAGCAUGACUAUGAUUCCAGAUGAUCCAAAAAAGCGACAGACUUUGUACAUUGGAUAUUCGUGCCUUUUAGUCCUUUUUUUCUUCUUCACAUAUCUCUCAUUCCGAUACCCAAAAGCUCAAGACGAAGAUGACACCCCGCAUAUAUGGUAUUUCUUCUCCACUGGCUCAGAGUAUCACACUACCUGA